AUGGAAGGACGACAGCGGUGUGCUCUCACUUUAUAUCUGUUGUUGAUAUCAUUAUCUUUUACCCUCUGUGAACACGACGACGCAGAUGCUCAAGAAACCGCCGAUUAUGAGACUGAAGAUGAGUUUGUUCUAACAUUAACUACUGAGAACUUUGAUGAAGCUGUGGACAAGAACCCAACUCUCCUGGUCGUAUUUGAGAAACCAUGCUGUGAAAUAUGUAAAACCCUGGCACCAAUGUUUGCUGCAGCUGCUAAGGAGCUUGUGGAGAAUGAUCUCCCGGUUGCACUGGCCAGAGUUGAUACCACCGUUCACACUGAUCUUGCUGAAAGAUUUGAAAUUGUUGGCCACCCAACUCUGAGAUUUUUUAAAAAUGGGAAACAUUAUGUGUAUGAUGGAUUUGGACAGACUGAGCAUAUUGUUGCAUACAUGAAGAAGAUAGCCCAUCCUGAUUGGGAACCAGAGCCUGAAGUUGCUAUAACCUUAACCAGAGAGAACUUUGAUGAAAUUGUCAAUGCUGAAAGUCUUAUGCUUGUACAGUUUUAUACACUAAAAUGUGACCCUUGCAAGAAGCUUGCACCAGUUUAUGAACAGGCAGCACAGGAACUGAAAAAAGACAGCCCACCAAUUCUAUUAGGCAAAGUCGAUGCAUCUGUCGAAACAGAGCUAGCUGCAAAAUAUAACAUUACUGCUUAUCCAACACUGAAAAUUUUCAAGAAAGGCAGAGCUGUUGAUUUCAAAGAGGAUUAUACCACCGCAUAUGACAUAAUGUACUGCAUGAAAAGACAAGUAAGAGAUGCCACUAGAGAAAUCAAGAAUGCAAGGAUGUUAAGGAAUUUGCUUGUACCAGAUGAGAUCAGUGUUGUUGGGUUCUUUGAUUCUCCUGAGAAUCCAAAAGUUCACAUCUACAAAGAUUUGGCUGUUGAGAUUCGUAAUGACUUCAGCUUUGGGAUCACAUUUAAUGAGGAUCUGCGAAAGUCUUACAACAUCAGCCCUAACUCUGUGGUGAUAUUUACAGGAGAAAGGUUCCAUACUAAAUAUGAACCCAAAUGGUAUUCCAUGGAAAUCAAGGAUGAAACAACUUCAGAUGAUAUCUUUGACUUUUUAAGAGAUCACCAUCUUCCAUUGGUGGGUCAGUAUCUCCGUCCACUCACUAACCAUUAUGAUAAAAAGAGACCACUGUGCCUGGUUUUCUAUUCAGUUGACUUCAGCUUUGAUCACAAAGAUGCAACACAGUUCUGGAGACACAAGAUCGCAGAUGUGGCACACCAGUUCCCAGACAUUACAUUUGCUAUUGUUGAUGAUGAAGAGGAAUUCACUGUCCUGCAGCAGUUUGGCUUGGAUGAAUCUGGUGAGGCCAUGAACAUUGGUCUCUAUGGUACAGAUGGGAAAAAGUAUGCCAUGGAGCCAAUGGAGGAGUUUGAUGUUGAACACAUUGUGGGGUUCUUGAACAGAUACAAACAAGGAAAGCUCACGCCUUUUGUGAAGUCUCAGCGACCACCUGCGAAGCAGACAGGGCCAAUAACUGUUGUUGUUGGGGAGACAUUUGACCAGAUUGUCAAAGAUCCCAGCAAAGAUGUUUUAAUAGAACUGUACUCUCCCUGGUGUGCCCCGUGCCUGCAGCUAGAAUCCACACUAGAGAUCCUCGCCAAGAAACUGUCAGACAGUAACUUAAUCCUAGCCAAGAUUGAUGCCACAGCCAACGAUUUGCCAGAUAACUACACUGCCUCUAAUUACCCCACUGUUUAUUUUGCUACUGCUGCUAACAAAGAUUCACCUGUUAAGUUCGAGGGUGCAAGACCAGCUGAUGAUGUUGAGUCAUUUCUGAGGGAACAUGCUGUUGUUUCAAUGGGAAAGAGUAAGAAAGAGGAAUUGUGA